AGCGCAGAUAGCGAGCCGCGGCCGGCGGGCGGGCGGCCACCACCCCAGCGGGAAGGGCAUGGGGCUGCGUGGCGGAGCCGCGGGCGCAGGCAGCAGUUCCUCUGCCGGGCGCCGGCUGCCGGGCGCGGCGCGGCUCGCAGCUCCCAUUUGCAUGCUCGGGCUGUGAAUGGCGUUGCCGGCCGGCCGGCCCCUGGCACGGGGGCGGAGUCUGCGCUGCCUGCUCUGGGCGAGUUUGCGAGCGGGGGCCCCUUAGCCGCACCGGGGCGGCCCGAUCGCUGGAUCUGUCGCUCGCUGCUGGGCGGGCCCCGCGCGGAGCCGAGACGGCGGCCCGGCUUGAGGACUGAGACAGGAAGAUGUCUGAAGUGCGGCGUGACAGCACGAGCAGUUUACAGCGGAAGAAGCCGCCAUGGCUCAAACUCGACAUACCGGUGCCAGUCUCUGUGGCAAUGCCUGAGGAGCCCACCUUUGUGCAGCCAUUUAAACGCCAGGCCUUCCUGAGAAGCAUCAGCAUGCCUGCUGAGAACACCCGCAUCCCCUCCCCGCCAAACGAGGUGCGGCGGCCCAUGCUACAACGACAGACCUCCAUCACCCAAACCAUCAGAAGGGGCACAGCAGAUUGGUUUGGGGUAAGCAAGGAUAGCGAUGCCACUCAGAAAUGGCAGAGAAAAAGCCUUCGCCAUUGCAGCCAGCGAUAUGGGAAGCUGAAACCUCAGGUCAUCCGGGAAAUGGACCUGCCCAGCCAGGAUAACAUCUCACUCACUAGCACAGAGACUCCUCCUCCUCUCUACGUCGGGCCUUGUCAACUUGGCAUGCAGAAGAUUGUAGACCCUUUAGCACGAGGCCGAGCAUUCCGUAUGGCUGAUGAUAAUGAUGGAUACAGCAUCCCUCACACGCCAAUCACUCCAGGUGCCACAUCACUGUGCUCCUUCACCAGCUCUCGGUCUGGGUUCAAUCGCUUACCACGACGGCGGAAACGGGAAUCAGUGGCCAAAAUGAGCUUCCGAGCAGCAGCAGCCCUGGUGAAGGGCCGCUCUGUGAAGGACAGUACCCUGAGGAGAGCUCAGCGACGCAGCUUCACCCCAGCUAGUUUCUUGGAGGAGGACACGGUGGAUUUCCCGGAUGAGUUGGACACCUCGUUUUUUGCUCGGGAAGGAGUCCUCCAUGAGGAGCUCUCUACAUACCCCGAUGAAGUGUUUGAAUCUCCAUCUGAAGCGGCGAUCAAGGAUUCUGAGGUGAAACCCCAGGAUCAGGCCGAUCUAACAGGAGGUGCCUUAGACAAAAAUGAACUUGAAAGAAGCCACCUGAUGCUUCCCCUGGAGCGAGGCUGGAGAAAACAGAAGGAAGGGACCCUGCCCCAGCCCAAGGUUCGCUUACGGCAGGAAGUGGUGAGCAUGAGCCCUCAGCGACGCGGCCAGCGCAUCGCCGUCCCAGUCAGAAAGCUCUUUGCCAAGGAGAAGAGGCCAUACGGACUGGGCAUGGUGGGCAGGCUGACCAACCGCACCUACCGCAAGCGCAUAGACAGCUACGUGAAACGGCAGAUCGAGGACAUGGACGACCACAGGCCUUUCUUCACCUACUGGGUCACCUUUGUGCAUUCGCUCAUCACAAUCCUUGCUGUGUGUAUCUAUGGCAUUGCCCCCGUGGGGUUUUCUCAACACGAAACUGUAGAUUCAGUCCUGAUGAACAGGGGGAUUUAUGAAAACGUCAAAUAUGUUCAACAAGAAAACUUCUGGAUUGGCCCCAGCUCGGAGGCCCUGAUCCACUUGGGGGCGAAGUUCUCACCAUGUAUGAGGCAGGACCAGCAAGUGCAUAACUUCAUCAGUGCUACGCGAGAGAAGGAGAAGCACUCGGCCUGCUGUGUGCGCAAUGACAAGUCGGGCUGUGUGCAGACCUCGGAGGAGGAAUGCUCUUCCACCCUGGCCGUGUGGGUGAAAUGGCCCCACCACCCCAGCACGCCAACACUGGCAGGAGGCAAGAGACAGUUUGGAUCUGUUUGUCACCAGGAUCCCAGGGUUUGUGAGCAGCCAGCAUCGAUGGAUCCCCAUGAAUGGCCUGAUGACAUCACCAAAUGGCCGAUCUGCACCAAAAACAGCGCUGGGAAUUAUACCAACCACCUUCAUAUGGACUGCGUGAUCACAGGCAGGCCCUGCUGUAUUGGGACCAAAGGAAGGUGUGAAAUAACAUCCCGAGAGUAUUGUGAUUUCAUGCGGGGCUAUUUCCAUGAGGAGGCAACGCUCUGCUCCCAGGUGCACUGCAUGGAUGAUGUCUGUGGCCUCCUGCCCUUCCUAAACCCAGAGAUUCCUGACCAGUUCUACCGCCUCUGGCUCUCCCUCUUCCUCCACGCUGGGAUCCUGCACUGCCUGGUUUCAGUCUGUUUCCAGAUGACCAUCCUGCGAGACCUGGAAAAGCUGGCAGGCUGGCAUCGCAUCUCCAUCAUCUACCUGCUCAGCGGCAUCACGGGGAACCUGGCCAGUGCAAUAUUCCUGCCCUACAGAGCAGAGGUGGGCCCCGCAGGAUCCCAGUUUGGAAUCCUGGCCUGUCUCUUUGUGGAACUCUUCCAGAGCUGGCAGAUCCUGGCACGGCCAUGGAGGGCCUUCUUCAAGCUGUUGGCUGUGGUGCUCUUCCUCUUUGCCUUUGGCCUCCUGCCUUGGAUUGAUAACUUUGCCCACAUUUCAGGAUUCAUCAGUGGCCUCUUCUUGUCCUUUGCCUUCCUGCCCUACAUUAGCUUUGGGAAAUUUGAUUUAUAUCGGAAGCGAUGCCAGAUUAUAGUGUUCCAGCUCAUCUUCAUUGGACUCUUCUCAGGACUCGUGAUUCUGUUCUAUUUCUAUCCGAUCAAGUGUGAAUGGUGUGAGUUCCUCACAUGUAUUCCAUUCACAGACAAGUUCUGUGAGAAAUAUGAUCUAGACGCACAGCUCCACUGAAAGGCGAAGACUGGCUUCUCAAGCAGGUCCUGGAGUUGGAUUGUCUUUGCAGCUGCUGGGCCAGUUCCACAUGGACAACACCUCCUCAUCCCGUGACACAUCUAACCCUGACCAUGGUUAAUUUAAACUGUCUUGUCAGCCCUUGGCAGACCUAUUUUGCCUUAUCUCAGAAGACUUGCACAUUUUCUGAAAACAGAACAAUUGUGCCUUGUUCAAUUUAUUGAACCUUUUCUGCUGCCAUAUUUUUAUUACACUACUUUAAUACUACAUUUUUAACCAGAUUUGUUUACUACUGCUAAGGUGGUGAUUAAAUAGAAAGGUAGCGUUUUAGCUACUGUUAACUAUUCUGCACA